AAACAAACACUUUUUUACUUUUUCAUCUCUCGGAUCGUUCGGUCGUGUGCUACGCGGUCUCGUCUGUGUGAGUGAGUGUGCGUGAGUGGAGCGGCGAAAAGCACAAUUAAAAUUGAAUCGAGUUGCAGCAAAUAGUUAGUUAUCAGUAAAUUCGGCGGAUAUAAUACAAUAUCGUAUCGUUAUCUAUUUACAAACAAAUUGAAGUGGAUUAAUAUUAAAGCAGCACACAAGUGUAUAAAGCGGUCUGUCUCUAUGUGUGUUUGUGUGAGUCUCACUCUCUCUUCGAAAUAGUAAACAAAUUGCAAAUAUAGUUUACAGCGAAGCAAAAACAAAAAUUUAAAUAAAUAUAUAAAACAAAAUAUAUUGGAAAGUGCGGCUAAAAAAUUUCGAAAAAAAAGCCGCAAUAGCAUCGGCGUCGACGUCAGCAGAGCGCGUGCUGCUAGUGUGUUGGUUAGGCGUAUUAUAUACAUACAUACCAACGAAUAAGUGCAUAUAUUAAGUGUACAUAAGCAGUGUAUUUAGUUAAGUGAAAUCCAUAUAGUUUUGUGCAUGCGAAAUUGGAAAAAUCGAAAGGAGUUCCGCAGCAGCAGCGCAGCGGCAGAGGCGCCAUCGAAUAACGGAUUUUCACACGCGGUUAAUCAACAUACAGAAUCACGACGACGCGACGAGCGAAAAUGGCCAAAAUGGAAGUCGACGACGUGGUCGACUUGAGUUUAGGGUCCGGCCGUGACCCGGCGUUGACCAUAACGCCGGCUCCAUCUCCGGCGACACUAAGUAAUCGGGAUCUGCGAGCAUUAACGGCGAACAAUUCGGGUCUAACUAUCACUCCAUCACCAUCGCCGGCGACCAACAAUGGCACUAGCACCACCAGCACCACCAAUAGCAGUAACAUUAACUCCAACAACAGCAGCAGCAGCACCAACAAUAGCAGUAACACCAAUAGCUCCAGCACAAACAACAACAACAGUAACAGCAUUAAUGCCAGUGACGGAGUGACAGGUGCGACAAGUGGAUCGAUAGGUGGAGGUCAAGAUGAGAAUAAGGUUCAAAGGAGGGUCCUGCGACCAAGAACCGAACCCAAAUCCUAUGCCGAGGCACCGGACAUUGUGUUAUUACCUGCUCGCACUAAUGGACGUCAGCAGAAUGGUAAUAUUGAUUCAGAGACGGAUGACGAGGAGAUGCCGCCUUAUGUGCCCAUCAAAGAGCUCAGUCACGCCGAGCUCAAGGAGCGUGAAAAGAGUCUAAGGAAGCUGCGACAGGAUCUGCGCAAUGAGGAGACCAAACUGAUGCUGCUCAAGAAACUCAAGCAAUCGCAGCAGGUGAUGAAGGAGAACUUGGUGGUCACACCCACUAGUGUUUCACCCAACAAUCCACUAGCAGCGAUUCCAGCCGCCCUCACUUCGAAGGGAUCGCUAAGUGUGACGCCAACGUCUGCGGUACCACUGCCCGCCCACAGCAAGGGCAGCAGGAGCAGCUUAGGCGGCAACGGCGGACCGGCAGUGAGCAUCAGCGCCACCAACAGUCGAACGGGAAGCUCGAGCUCAGCGGCGGCGGCUAUUGCAGCUGCAGCGGCCGCCAUGAGCGGUCAACAUCGCAGCAGCAGCAACUCUAUACUGCCACCGCCAAGGUCAUCGCUGCCCGCUGGAGCCACAUUAGCUGCCGGUACCACUAUCACGCCCGCCACCUCCUCAUCGCACCGCUCGAGCAAUUUGCCGCCGCGCACCAACCUGCCGAAUCUCACCAUCACACCCUCGGUGACCAUCACGCCCACAUCGGCGCCGCCCUCCAGUCUGAAACCACGCAAUCCUAAUAUUUCGGAUAAUUCGAAGGUACCUGGGACCAUAAGCAAUUCUGUUUCCAUCACGCCGGCGUUACCACUGUCCCAAUCACAUCAGAAUCAGCACAACGAUCAGAAGAAUGACCGCUCAACGCCUAGAGAAGAUGCUCAGACACCUGCUCAGAGACAGGCGGCAGCUAAAAUGGCUCUUCGCAAGCAGCUGGAAAAAACGCUGCUUCAGAUUCCCCCACCCAAGCCACCACCGCCAGAGAUGCACUUUAUCCCCAAUCCCAGCAACACGGACUUCGUAUAUCUUCUUGGUUUGGAAACUGUUGUGGAUUAUCUGACCGUCAACAAGAAGGCCAAUGCUGUGGCAGCUCCAUUCCGUUGUGCCCAGUGCAAGAUUGAUUUUACGCCCGUGUGGAAGUGGGAGAAGCAAACCAACAAAGAUCCCAAGGUGAUUUGCGAGCAGUGUGUAACCUCGAAUGUGAAGAAGGCCCUCAAGGCAGAGCACACCAACCGACUGAAACAAGCGUUUGUUAAGGCGUUGCAGCAGGAGCAGGAAAUUGAGCAGCGUCUGGCCAGUCAGAGCAGUCCCUCGCCAGUGGACACCCAUGGAUCGAGUGGAAAUUCUUUAUCCGUUUCUGCGGUAUCCAGCAACUCCUCAUCGUCGCAUAUGCAAAGGGAACGAGAACAGCUGCAGGCGACGCAUGCCUCGGCGGCUGCUGCCCUGGUCAAUUUGCCGCCGUCGGUGACCGUGAUACCCACCAAAUGUCAGACGCCAACACCAGCGCCACCGCGUCCAACGCCACCACCACCCCAAAGUCAAGCUACACCACCACCGUCGUCGGGAGGAUCGCGAUCCUCACGAGCGGCUGCCACCGCCGCUGCAGCCGCUAUUGCCGCCCAGCAGGCGGGUAUCCUUAGUCCAGGACCGUCAGCAGCGCAUCACCAUGAGGCGGCCACCUCCUCACGAUCCUCUCGCAACGAUCGACUCGAUCAUCACCAUCAAUCGCAACAGCAACAGCAAAGGGAUCAACGGGACAGGGAUCAGCAGCGGGAUCAGCAGACGCAACAGCAGCAGGCGGCCCAGAGCUAUGACAAGUACUCGGCGGCCACGCUGGCGGCGGCUGCUCAUUUGAGUGCCCUUGGCGGCAUGGGUGGUUUGAAUAUCAAUAGCCUGGCCAGUCUGGGUAAUCUUGGCAAUCUGGGUAACCUUAGCCAGCUGGGCAAUCUGGCUGCUCUGGGAGGAUUGGGUAACUUUGGAGGAGCCUCAACGGGGUCGUCUAAUCCGGCGGCAGGGUUGAGCGGUUCCUCACCAGCAGCCACGGCGGCCGCCAUGCAGGCUUUCCAGCAGCAGCUCUUUAGAGCUUUGGGACAAGGACUUGGAGGCAAUCCUCAGCAUAUGAUGCAGUUCGCUCCGCUUCUGUACUCUUACCAGAUGGCCAUGGCGCAGGCGGCACAAGUGGCCGCCUUCAACAAUAACAACAAGAAGAGCAGCUCGUCAUCCGGAUCGUCAAAGAAUUCAAGCAGCGGCAAUAGCAUGGCAGAAGUUCAGCGGGCGGCGGAGCUGCAGCGUCAAUAUCUAUUGGAGAUGAUUCCGCCCCAGCAGCAAAGCGGGGCCAGCGGCAGUCGCCAGAACAACUGGAAGGCCUAAAAGGCCGCCACUAACAAUAAAUUACAAUUAACAUCAACAUCGUAAACAAACAGCAGAAGCAGCAGCAGCAGCAGUAACAACUAUUUUUAUGGUUUUCUUGAUUAGGUAAUUUUAUAAUUUAAACAAAACGGAAGAAAGAAAAAAACACACAAAACCAAUUAAUAAGAAAACAACAUCAAAUAUACACGUAAAUAUUAAUUAUGCUACUUGUAAACAAUAAUUAUACAUAAUUAUACAAAACGAAAAGCCGAUCUAAGCAUAAUUGUUAGUAGUUUCCUCUUUUUUGUUAACACUGCAUUACAUUUUUAAAAUUAAUUUGCCAGCCAGAAUGAAUAGCAGCCGAUAAAUGAAUGCAAAACUUUAAAACGCUCCUAGUAAUUGAAUAUUAAAUAUGAAUAAUAUUGAAUCCUAGCCAGUAAGAAGAAUUGCCCCGUUUUUCUAGGGGCGCACACACAAACCACACAAACACACACACACACACCAUUUACAACAUCCUCGCCACACCCCCUUUUUGUAAUUGUUACCCAUUUUUUGGGAGUCCCAAAUAGGACAGAGCUCCCUGUUUUUGGUCUUAUUCAACAGAUUUUGUCGUACAAUUCGUUUAGUUUUUAGCAUCGUGAAUAAAUCUAUAAAUAUAAA